AUGUUUAUCGUCGAGGAUCAGAGUCCGCUCCUGCGCCAGCCGCAAGUGCUCUCUGAGCAAAUUCAUAUCGAACUCGACACCGUCCUGAAAGACAGGGAUGAACUGAAGACUGAUAUCGAUAUUCUCACUGAAGGUCUCCAAAAGCUGACUGAUGCACAAUGCAUCAGAUAUCGUCAAAAGCUCUUGAGACAGGCUAGCAAAUUACUCGAAGAGAAAGAAACUGAGGUCCUGGAAGUGCGACGGAGGAAGGAAGAUAUUGCGGAAAUUACUAAUGGUGUCAUGAGAGCUAUAUGGAAAAGGACUGUUGGGAUGUGA